GUAAUCUGUAGUUAACAGACCGACAUCGUCAGCGUCCCAACGCAGAGAGCGCAAAAAUGGCGAUGGCUAUGUUGCCGGCGAUGGCUAUGUUGCCGGCGAUCUUCUCUUCUCGGUCGGUCUCACUCACCGAAAUCAGAUGCAGAGCCACUGACAAAAGCGGUGGCGCCUCAUCUGUUUCUUCUGACUUCGACCCGAGGAAAGGCGUCACCGUUUACAAGCCCAAGUCGUAUGAGGUUCUGGUCUCUGACGCCGCCAGUUCUCUCGCCUUCGCUCUUCAGGAUUCAAAAUCUCGUUUGGAGAUCGAUUUCCCGCCUUUGCCCAGCAGCUUUUCUUCUUACAAGGGUUCUUCGGACGAGUUCAUCGAUGCCAACAUACAACUGGCCUUGGCUGUAGUCCGAAAACUUCGGGAGAAGAUAGAGACCAGAGCUUGCAUUGUUUUUCCAGAUAGGCCUGAGAAACGCAGAGCUACGCAGCUCUUCAAAACAGCUCUUGAUUCGAUUGAUGGUAUAAGUAUCGGUUGCCUCGAUGAUGUCCCUGGUAGUUCUGUCUCCAAUUUCUUUAGAUCCAUAAGGAAUACCCUUGACUUUGAUUUUGAAGAUGAAAAUGAAGGCCGUUGGGAUCCGAAGGAGCCACCAACUCUCCACAUAUUUAUCAAUUGCAGCACCAAGGAGCUCGCUGUGAUAGAGAAGUAUCUGGAAAGAUUUGCGAGCUCAAGCCCGGCUCUUCUGUUCAAUCUUGAGCUAGAUACUUUACGUGCUGACUUAGGGCUGCUUGGAUUCCCCCCCAAAGAUCUGCACUACCGGUUUCUCUCUCAGUUUAUACCCGUCUUCUAUAUCCGAACCAGAGAAUAUUCAAAGACAGUGGCAGUGGCGCCGUAUGUGGUGAACUACAACGGAGCGCUUUUCCGUCAAUAUCCUGGGCCAUGGCAAGUGAUGCUUAAACAAGCCGAUGGUUCAUACGCUUGUGUUGCGGAAAGUGAAAACCGUUUCACGCUGGGAGAAACAAAAGAAGAACUGAUGCGGGUGUUGGGGCUACAAGAAGAGAAAGGAAGCUCGCUCGAGUUCCUACGAAGAGGCUACAAGAUGGCAACUUGGUGGGAGGAGGAUUCAGACAUGGAGGUUUCCUCAGAGUGGCGUAGUUGAUGGAAGGAACGCCGUGGAUUCACAACUGAACUGAUGUCCAUGUCUUCAAUUUGUUUUUCUUUUUUCUUAAGAUUGAUGAAGCACAUACACUUGUAUGUAUAUGUAAAUCUCAAAAUAUAUGUACGAACACUUGUGUGGAGAGGAGAAAGAGGUUCGUGCUACA